AUGGACGUUACCAUCAGUUGCCUCGGAGCUUCUUGCACUGAGAGGGAAGGGAGCCCUGCCGCCGCCGCCGUUUACGAUGCAAACAAGGCGGAUGUGAUCGGGUACGAUCCGAAGCUUUGUCCGGACGGCAAGAAUUACUGCUCAAUGUGUCAGAACAUCUCGGAGCUCUGGAACAGCAACAGCGCUGAUCCCUCCUGGAUUACCUUCAGCCAGAUCUUUAACGCAACGGGGGCGCCUACUGAUAUCUACCCGAACAAUGGCGCGCCGAUUGUGAGCGUGCGGGGACAAGUGUUUCCGGGGAAUCAAUACCACUACUUCGAAUUCCUCGUGCAGAAUGGCGAUGCCUAUGCAGGAACGGAUGCAAGGAGGGAUAAUAUUUUCCUCACUUUAGUAUCGCCGCAGUCCAUUCCUGUUGCCAAGGGUCAGGUGUCAACUGUGUCGAGCGUAGACAGUGCAAAGCUUCCUGCCUACGAUUUUUAUGUGGGGCAGGGUUGCAUUCCACAAGAGGGGUCAUGGAACAAUCAAGGUUAUGGUAACAUCAAUGCAAAUGAGAAAGUGAAGAGCAUCAACGUGAAUGUUACACAAGACGGGAGAUACUUCAUCGCACUUCAAUCGCGCAAGGAGAGAUACUCCGUUGCCGCUUUUGAUUUCACGAUGAAACUGUCAAGAGGGUCGAUGGUAGCGAGAAACAAGAACACUCGUUGUACCCAACUGGUGUACAGAUACCCCGACGAGAUUCGUAGGAUGACUGACGAAUUCCGCCAAUCAGGGACAGUGGGGACAACGUCAGGAAGUGCGAUCCCUUACUGUGGAGCGACUCCGGCCGACAAGAAGUUCAACAUCAUCUACAAGCAGCCACCCAAGUCGAAUGCUCUCACCAACAGGCAGAUCUCUAUCAUCGUGGGUGGAGCAGGAGGUGGGAUUGUGCUGGGAGCUCUGGCGUCAGGGUUGUGCCUCUUUGUGAGAUACAAGAGAACGACGAAGCGCAUGGCCAAGUUCUCAUCCUUGUCAAGGGGUCUGCCGGAAGCGUUGCUGGAUGGGGAAGGACAGGAGGUUGCUGUUUAA